CUUAUGUCUUAUGUGCCUCCUCUUUCAUAGUUUAAUUUUAUGCUCAUCUCCUCACAGUUAACUAAUCAUUAAUAAUGCAUUUCCAUGGAAAGCGGCUUCCAUACAUGCACACAUAUAAAAUUUAAGCCACCGUCAGAUUAGAGCAGAGAGAAGAUGGAAGUGAUGCUGAGUCUUCUGCCGAGCGUUUGUUCAGUUGGCUUCUUAGGAUUAGUUUGCUUAUUGCUUCAUCUGUACGGUAGUAUAUGGGUCAAGUGUGAGAGAGUGAGGAAGAUGCUGCGUAUGCAAGGGAUAAGAGGGCCUCCUCCUUCGAUUUUAUAUGGAAAUCUAGCGGAGAUGCAGAGGAUUCAAAUCAAUACAAAGCCAUCCAAAUUUAACCAUGAUCUCGUAGCCCACGACUACACUUCUACCCUCUUUCCGUAUUUCGAGCAGUGGAGAAAGGAAUACGGUCCAUUAUACACGUAUUCGACGGGAAUGAGGCAACACUUGUACGUGAAUCAGCCGGAGCUGGUGAAAGAAAUGAACCAAAGCAAUACCCUGGACUUAGGUAAGCCUUCUUAUGUAACCAAGAAGCUCUCGCCCAUGCUUGGAAAUGGCAUUAUAAGGUCCAAUGGUCAUAUUUGGGCUCAACAGAGGAAAAUCGUUGCACCCGAGUUCUUCAUGGAUAAAGUCAAGGGCAUGGUGGGGCUAAUGGUGGAGUCGACAGAGCCAUUGCUGAGAAAAUGGGAAGACUGUAUAGAAGCUCAAGGUGGGGUGAGUGCAGAUAUUAGAGUUGAUGAGGAUUUGAGGGGGUUCUCUGGAGAUGUUAUCUCUAGAGCCUGUUUUGGUAGCUCUUAUUUCAAAGGCAAAGAGAUUUUCUCUAAGCUUAGGAGCCUUCAAAAAGCCAUAUCCAAGCAAAGCUUCCUUUUUGGAGUCACCAGUUUCGCAGGCAGAUUUCUGUCAAUGAAGAAGCAAAACGAAAUUGGGAGUUUGGAGAGGGAAAUAGAGUCGUUGAUAUGGGAGGCAGUGAAGGAACGUGAACAAGAGAUAUCUUCAUCAGAAAAGGAUUUAAUGCAGUUGAUACUGGAGGGAGCUGCCAAAGACCAAUCUCUGGCUACAGCCAAGAGCUUCAUUGUUGACAAUUGUAAGAGCAUUUAUUUCGCCGGCCACGAAUCUACGGCUGUUGCUGCCUCUUGGACCUUGAUGCUGCUUGCUCUUCAUCCAGAGUGGCAAGCCCGAAUUCGCGCAGACCUUGCCCAAGUUUGUGGUGACAACUUCCCUGAUCCCGAUUCUCUUCUCCACUUAAAAACGGUGACAAUGGUGAUUCAUGAAUCACUGCGGCUGUAUCCCCCAGCAGCAUUUGUCUCAAGGGAGGCACUUGAGGAGACUCGAGUUGGGAAUAUCAUUAUUCCCAAAGGCGUAUGUUUAUGGACUCUGAUCCCAACUCUGCACCGAGACCCUGAAAUUUGGGGAGCCGAUGCAAAUGAGUUCAAACCAGAAAGGUUUUCUGAAGGUGUCUCUAAAGCUUGCAAGUUUCCUCAAGCAUACGUUCCCUUUGGACUGGGUCCUCGCCUAUGCUUAGGCAAAAAUUUUGCAAUGGUUCAAUUGAAGAUUCUCCUCUCCAUUAUUGUCUCCAAGUUUACUUUCUCAUUGUCUCCCAAGUAUCAGCAUUCUCCUGCAUACAGAAUGAUUGUAGAGCCUCGACAUGGUGUACAUAUCAUCUUUCAGAAGAUCUAAAAUAUUGUUUUGAUCUCAAAAAGCAUGUAUUUGGCUAGAUGGAGUACCAUGCCGCAAACUUAAUUUCCUUCAUAAAUAUUUUCUUCAUGCCCAUUAUGCUUUCAUUGGAGAUGAUGGCAUAUUGUAAGAGUAAUGACAUCAAUCAACUUGCAGUCCUUCAAUUGCAGACA